UUUUGGGACAGACGCAUCAAUCACUCGCCGCCGAUCGUGCGUUUCGGAAGUUUCACGUUCUGUGCUAGGAAGUGGAAGCCAUUCGCAGUGCGCGAUGAAUUUCUGGUCUACGUUUGUUCUGCGGGUCCUCGCGACGGCCCUUCUGUUUGCGGUGGGGCUUCAUGCCCAAAGCAGUCACAGAAGAGGGCGCUUCCGGAGUGGAGCUAGGAUUGGCUCGUCGGGACUACCUAACCACCUGAGACAAGCAUACGACUCUGCAGUGUCGGUGGACACUGGCGUCUCCACGACCACCUCGACGACUGUGACUCCCAUGGACGACCCCAAUCAAUACGCCAACAGCUGGAAUCCGUACACACCCACUCUUCCCGCGCCGGAAAACGUCGACUGUUACAUUGAUGUACAGAUCACGCGGCGGCAAGGCGGCCGCUGUGUGCAGUUAGGCGGAGAGAACAGCCGGCCGUACAUAUGUCAGAGCGGUCCCCACAUCGACUUCGCGCCUCGUUGUCGCCAUGUCGUUCUUCGGCGACAACAACAACAACAGCAGCUGCUGGAGCAACAGCAGCAACAAUCGGGUGAGCAACACACUGAAGACAUAGGUGAGCCGGCGCCAACUUCAGAAUGAAAUGGAUGCAUUGUUGUUUUUUUUCGUCGAGACAACGCGGGUGCUAUCGUGUCUCUAGAAUGGAUCUUUAAUCGUUGCAGUGUAACCUUCAACCCGAGAGUGUAAAUCAAAAUUGAAGGCAAUAAUGAUGACGUGUUUUAUAUUCUCGUAGUUUCCAGCCGUGGACAUUGUGUUCUUGCAACGCAGGGAUUAUAGCGAUGCUGGAAAACGAAACCAUACAUGUGUAAUCUUUGAUCUAAACAUUGCGAAACAAUGGCGUUCCUUCUGAUUUUAUUUUUAUUCUUUUUCAUGCCUUAAUGACCCUUUUAUUUGCCCCGAAAUAGGUACCAUGGGGUCGGCGCCAUCCCCAUGGGAACUUACAACAUGCAUAAACAGUAAUAUUCCACUAUUUAGUUUUAAUUGGUUAAGUCGUUCUGAAGAGCUGUAUUGUGUACAUAUAUGUAUCUUAAUUAUUAUAGUAAUAGAUCUUCAAAUAAAUCUGCCCCUUGAA